UUGUCACUCCAUUCGCACCCUUCCACAGUGGCAUAACAUUUUUCAUGAUUUACCGCUCAACAAUGUCAAAAAUUCCACAAAUUCAUAGUGGAAUUUGUCAAAUUGUGUCAAAUUGGGAGUGACUUUUCAGCCAUAAGGGCAUGAUAAAUAUUUUUAAUACAACUUUUUAAAAAUGGAGCUUGCAGCACUGCUCAGAAAAUCAGCUGAGCCAAAUGACGCAAAGGACGCCGAAACCAGGGAGAGGCAGGAAGGCGAGCACUUCCAGGCGCUGUACGAAAGCUGGAAGGGCACAAAGGCCUCGGCCAUAAACCAGACGUACAAAGUGAUCCCAAAGUUCUACUUCAAGCUCCCCAAGGAGGACGAGAUUCUGCCGCAGAAGCUGCGCGAGGAGACCCGAGCGCUGUUCCUCCAGCGUCGUUCGCGCCAGCUCCUGGACAACAACGAGCUGAAGGCGCUGUGGGUCCUCCUGGACAAGCACCACAGUCCGCCCCUCUCCGGGGACGAGCAGCUGAUAAACUACGAGGACUUCAAGCAGGUGGGCAAGCUGGCGGGGGCCAAGUGUUCUCCGUACUUCACAGCCGUUGUCUUCGCAAAGUUGCAGCAGGGCGAUCCCCACGGGAGGAUCAGCAUAAUGGCGCUCUUCAACUACGUCAUGAGGAAAGUCUGGCUGCACCAGACGCGAAUAGGGCUGUCGCUGUACGACGUGACGGGCCAGGGAUACCUGAGGGAGUCAGACCUGGAGAAUUACAUUCUGGAGUUGAUACCGACACUGCCACAGCUGGAGGGCUUGGAGAAGUCCUUCCAUUCGUUCUACGUCUGCACAGCUGUGAGGAAGUUCCUGUUCUUCCUGGAUCCCCUGCGGACGGGCAGGGUCAGGAUCCAGGACAUCCUGGCCUGCAGCUUCCUGGACGACCUCCUGGAGCUGAGGGACGAGGACCUCCCCAAGGACCUCCAGGAGGCCAAUUGGUUCUCCGCCCCCUCGGCCCUCAAAGUUUACGGACAAUAUCUCAAUUUGGACAGGGAUCACAAUGGAAUGCUGAACAAGGAGGAGCUGUCGGGCUACGGCACCGGCACCCUCACCGGGGUCUUCCUGGAGAGGGUCUUCCAGGAGUGCCUGACCUACGAGGGCGAGAUGGACUACAAGACCUAUCUGGACUUCGUCCUGGCCCUGGAGAACCGACACGAGCCGCAGAGUCUGCACUACCUCUUCAGGAUUCUUGAUAUCAAUAAUAAGGGGUAUCUCGACACUUUCUGCCUGAAUUACUUUUUCAGGGCCAUUCAGGAGCAGAUGAAGAUGCACGGCCAGGAGCCGGUGAGCUUCGAGGAUGUCAAGGACGAGAUUUUUGAUAUGGUGAAGCCAGCGGACUCCUGCAAGAUCACCCUGCAGGAUCUGCUCAGCUGCGGACAGGGGGACACCAUGAUCAGUAUUUUGAUCGAGUUCCAUGGGUUCUGGGCGUACGAGAACAGGGAGGCCAUGGCUGCUGACAGUGGGGAUGAGUCUUCGCAUGUGUAAGGGGGGCUGGGAAAUGAAGAUUUUAGUUUUUUAGAAUCGUCGACAAGAGUUAUUUAAUCAACAUUGGUGUUAACUUUUUUUGCGCCUGGGAAAAUAUGCAAUUAGUGGGCUCUCCGUGAUUUGGAUUCCAUUCAGCAUUUCUUUCUAGUGUGUCCAGUGGCUUCCCUGAGGAGUCAAACCCAGAGUAAACCCAGGGCUAACUUUGUUCAUGGAAAUUUCCCAACAGAGUGCAUGGAAAUUUCUCAGAGUUUCUUUCUUCGCUGGGUUUUUUCCACAAACCCAGAGUUAAUCCAGAGUUAACUCUGGGUUUUAUCUAUCAGGGUUACAAUCUGCAACUGCUGCUGAACAGUCACUCUACUCAACAACUUUCCACAUUUUACGAAUAUGUCAUUCAGUAAGAUUAUCUUCAAUGCCAAUUAUGGUAUUCCAUUUUUGGAUUUUAUGUCGACAUUAAUUUUAUUGAUGUAAUAAAUAUAAUGUAAGAAAGGGCAGGGGAUAUUGGAGAAAUAAUUACGACGUUGAUUAAAUUGUCAUAGUGCGACGUUUCGCUAAAUUAUUUUACCUUCAUCAGGCUCGUCUCAGGUU